AAACUCCCAGUAUUGAAAAGCUACUAUCAAAGGACUGGAAAGACAAGCUUCUUGCCAUGGGAUCAGGGAACUUUGGAGAAAUAAAAGGGACUCCAGAAAGCCUAGCUGAGAAAGAAAGGCAGCUCAUGGGUAUGAUCAAUCAGCUGACCAGUCUGCGAGAACAGCUGCUAGCAGCUCAUGAUGAACAGAAGAAACUGGCUGCAUCACAGAUCGAGAAACAACGCCAACAAAUGGAGCUGGCUAAGCAGCAACAGGAACAGAUUGCAAGACAACAGCAGCAGCUCCUGCAGCAGCAACACAAAAUUAACCUUCUUCAGCAACAGAUCCAGGUCCAGGGUCAGCUGCCUCCAUUAAUGAUUCCCGUAUUCCCUCCAGACCAACGAACCCUAGCAGCAGCUGCACAGCAAGGAUUCCUCCUUCCUCCUGGUUUCAGCUACAAAGCGGGAUGCAGUGACCCUUACCCCGUUCAGCUGAUCCCAACUACCAUGGCAGCUGCUGCCGCAGCAACACCGGGCUUAGGCCCACUCCAACUGCAGCAGUUGUAUGCUGCCCAGCUUGCUGCGAUGCAGGUGUCUCCGGGAGGCAAGAUACCUGGCAUACCCCAGGGGAACCUUGGUGCUGCUGUGUCCCCUACCAGCAUCCAUACAGACAAGAGCACAAACAGCCCUCCACCCAAAAGCAAGGAUGAAGUGGCCCAGCCUCUGAACCUUUCAGCCAAACCCAAGACAUCUGAUGGCAAGUCUCCCACAUCACCCACCUCUCCUCAUAUGCCAACUCUGAGAAUAAAUAGUGGGGCCAGUUCACUAAAGUCCUCCGUGCCAGCAACACUAGCGAGUCCUUCAGCCAGAGCGAACACAAUAGAUAUCCUGUCUUCUAUCACGUCGCCAGGUUAUUUAAAUGACCACGAUGCUGUUACCAAGGCAAUCCAGGAGGCCCGGCAGAUGAAGGAGCAACUUCGGAGGGAACAACAGGUGCUGGAUGGGAAGGUGGCCGUUGUGAACAGCCUGGGUCUUAACAACUGCAGGGCAGAAAAGGACAAAACAACACUGGAGACCCUGACUCAGCAGCUGGCAGUGAAACAGAGUGAAGACGGGAAGUUCAGCCACGCAAUGAUGGAUUUCAACAUGAGUGGAGAUUCUGACGGUAGUGCAGGCGUUUCAGAGUCUAGAAUCUAUCGUGAGUCCCGAGGGCGUGGUAGCAAUGAGCCCCACAUCAAGCGCCCCAUGAAUGCAUUCAUGGUGUGGGCUAAAGAUGAACGGAGGAAGAUCCUUCAAGCCUUCCCUGACAUGCACAACUCCAAUAUCAGCAAGAUACUAGGAUCUCGCUGGAAAGCUAUGACAAACCUAGAGAAGCAGCCAUACUAUGAGGAGCAGGCCCGACUCAGCAAACAGCACCUGGAGAAGUACCCAGACUACAAAUACAAGCCCAGGCCGAAGCGUACCUGCCUUGUAGAUGGCAAAAAGUUACGCAUCGGCGAGUACAAGGCUAUCAUGCGCAACAGACGCCAGGAGAUGAGGCAGUACUUCAAUGUUGGGCAGCAAGCACAGAUUCCCAUUGCCACCGCGGGCGUCGUUUACCCAGGAGCCAUCGCCAUGGCAGGGAUGCCUUCCCCACAUCUGCCCUCCGAGCACUCGAGCGUGUCCAGCAGCCCAGAGCCUGGGAUGCCCGUCAUCCAGAGCACUUACGGCAUCAAAGGUGAGGAGCCUCAUAUCAAGGAGGAGAUGCAGACCGAUGAUGUCAAUGGAGAAAUCUACGAUGAAUACGAUGAGGAAGAGGACGACCCUGAUGCGGACUAUGGCAGUGACAGUGAAAAUCACAUUGCGGGGCAAGCCAACUGAUCAGGGUCCGAACGUCUCGCGACCUACAGGACUUCAAGGAGAAAAGAAAAAAUAAAUAAAGCCCCAUCUGGUUUAUCCUUGCCAGUGGCCAAGCACAUUAACUUUCUCAUACACUGACUGUUACUUUAACUGUUAGUCUUAACUAGUUGGGACAUCAGCUGACUAAUAGACAUCAGCCUGCAUCGGAAGAAAAAAGGCUCAGAAGAAAGGAAACAAAGACGACGACGACAACAACAACAGAAUGAUAUAAGCUAUGGGUAAAAUAAUGCCAGUAAUUCAGCUGCUAUACCCAAGCACUGAAGUCUUACCCGUCGACCUUUUAUUAUUAUUAUUUUUUUUUUCAAAUAAACUUUAUGGCUGUUUGUUCUACAAUGUUCUAGAAAUUCUCACUCAGGUACACAGUGCCAACAAGUGGCUUGUGAAUGUGUUUUGUUGUUUUGUGCUACAGUUUAAAGAGAAAUAAUUUUUUUUUUUUGGUAAUGCACCUGACAGGAAAGAAAAAAAGAUAAAAUUCCUUUUAAUAACCCCUCUGUCUCCUCCUCCUCCUC